CAGUACAGGAGUGGUUCCGUCACAUACACCAGUUUUAGGUAGCUAGUGUGGUAGCUAUCUCGAUUGCUUGCUACGUAAAGUAGCUGUGUUUUCAGUUUGCUGGAGCCAGGAACUGGCAAGCUAAAAACUAUGAAUAACCUUAUAAGUAACCGGUUUCAGAGUGGUAAAUGUGUGUGUCAGAGGCUAUUCGGUACACUCACAGUCCGGUCUCCUAUGUCACCUCAAGGAACCUCGGUUGCCCUCCACAGGGAUGUUGUAACAGACCAGACCCAUUUUCCGAUGAACAGUUCUAUAUUUUUGUCGUUACUGAACCAUUUUCGUUUAAGAAGAACUAACCAUCAGAGGCACUUCUCUAGCAGGGCUGGCGGUGCUAUGAAUGUUUUUGACAGGAGCAUGAAAAGAAAACAGAAGAAAUGGGCGGCAUUAUUACAGGACAGCGAUAAAUACGAGUAUCUAAAAGAGGAGGUUGGAAGCAGAGUUGCAGACAGGGUCUAUGACAUUGCUAGGACCUUUCCUUUGGCCUUAGACGUUGGCAGUGGAAGAAGUUACAUUGCUGAGCACAUGAAGGAGGUAGUUGAGAAGCUCUUCUUAACGGACAUCUCGGAAAACUCGUUGAAACACCGGAAAGAGACUGAGAUUCCCACUCACUGCAUAUUGGCAGAUGAGGAGUUUCUUCCCUUCAAAGAGAAUACCUUCGACCUGGUGGUCAGCAGCUUGAGCUUGCACUGGAUUAAUGAUCUUCCCGGAGCUUUGCGGCAGAUCCACCAAGUCCUAAAGCCGGAUGGCGUGUUCAUUGGGGCCAUGGUUGGUGGGGAGACGCUGUACGAGUUGCGCUGCUCCCUGCAGCUGGCCGAGCUGGAGAGGGAGGGAGGCUUUGCCCCCCAUGUGUCUCCCUACACCGCUGUCACCGACCUGGGCAACCUGCUCGGCCAGGCGGGGUUCACCAUGCUGACUGUGGAUAUAGAUGACAUCCAGGUACACUACCCAGGAAUCCUUGAUGUGAUGCAUGACUUACAAGGAAUGGGUGAAAGCAACUGUGCUUGGAACAGGAAGUCCAUGUUACAUAGAGACACCAUGCUAGCUGCUGCUGCCAUCUAUCAAGAAAUGUAUGGGAAUGAAGACGGUUCUGUCCCCGCCACAUUUGAAAUCCUGUAUAUGAUUGGAUGGAAGCCUCAUGAAUCACAGGCGAAACCAGCAAGAAGAGGCUCAGCAAAUGUCUCUUUCGGUGACCUCGGGAGGAUUAAUAAGCCAUCAUCCGCAGACGGCACAAAGGAGCAAUGAAUGUGUUUAUUUCUGAAGGAAUACAAGUUUUGGUUUAAACAAAGCAAGAACUGUCUUCCUCAUUAAAAAAUCGCAUUCUUUUUCACUGCCAGCUUUGAGCUUGAAUAAUUCACGCUGGAUUUCUGAAUGUUCUGAAAGUUCCAUUUAUGCCUCGUAAGGUCUUGCUUGAACCCAUCUCUGGCUAAGGGGCUGAUGCAAUCCAAUGAGCAGUGAAUGAGCUGCCACUCAGACCCAGUUAAGGCGGCAAUUAAGACUUCCACUGAACUGAGCUGAGUAGUUCCUACAGUAAGCACAGCCUAACAAUUCAAAGAGAUAAAUAUAUAGAUUUUCAUUUCUAGACUGUCACAAAAUUAGCUCAUC